AAACCGGCUUUGAGCGACAGACGAGAGACGAGUCUGAUUUCGGGACAGCUUCUUUAACCAUCAGCUUUAAUAUUCUUAUGAUGAAAUAUUAUUGGGUUUAGUUUUACUGCUGUAUUUUAUAUAUAAUUCAGUUACUUUUUUUAAUCUACGCAAUAUUUAUUUAUUUAUACGGAUAUAUUAUAAAUCAAUUGAUCGGUUCUGUAAUUGAUUACUGGAACAUUCUACACAACUGGGAAGGAUUUUUUCGAUCAAACAGGAUCUGAAGAAACGGAUUUGUGUUAAUUUUUCAGAAUGAAUAAAAAGUCUAGAAAUUUAGAAAUGGACAACACCAGUGAAAACAAUGGUUAUCAAGAAAGUCCAAACAAAACUCCUAUGAAUGGAAUGAACAAAGCCCCUGGUAAAACAGAGAUGAGUCAUUUUGGCACUUCAGAUGUGGACAACAGCAGCACCAACAGCAAUGAAUACGAGGGUUUUCAAGAAAGUCCAACCAAAACUCCUAUUAACGGUUUGCAGUAUGUCGACGUGGAUGCAGAAAGCCAGAACUUUCUGUCUGGCAAGAAGAAAUAUGAGAAUGAAUAUAGUCCUGGAUCAGCGUCAUUUGGGAUGUCAGUGUUUAAUCUCGGCAAUGCCAUCAUGGGAAGUGGAAUACUGGGGCUUUCCUAUGCCAUGGCCAAUACUGGCAUUGCCCUGUUUGUGAUCCUGCUUGUGGCAGUGUUAAUCUUCUCCUUGUACUCUGUACAUUUGCUGCUCAAAACAGCCAACGAAGGAGGGUCUAUGGUUUACGAACAGCUGGGGUAUAAAGCGUUCGGAAUUCCCGGCAAACUGGCCGCCUCUUGCUCAAUCACCAUGCAAAACUUUGGAGCUAUGGCAAGCUACCUUUUCAUUGUGAAGUACGAACUACCGAUAGUCAUCAAGUCAUUUCUGGACGCCAAUGACAAUUCCUGGUACACUAACGGUGACUACCUCGUGCUGAUCGUCACCGUGGCCAUCAUUUUACCUCUCUCGCUCCUUAAAAACUUGGGUUACCUGGGAUACACCAGUGGCUUCUCCUUGUUGUGCAUGGUGUUCUUCCUCAUUGUGGUGAUCUACAAGAAAUUCCAGAUCCCUUGUCCUCUACCUGAAACCUUUAUUAACAUCACAGUGAACAGCUCUGUGUCUCAAACCAACACCACAGAGGACAACUGCUGCAAACCCAAAUACUUUGUCUUCAACUCGCAGACUGUGUAUGCGGUGCCCAUUCUGACAUUUGCAUUUGUCUGCCACCCGGCGAUUCUGCCCAUGUACCAGGAACUCAAAGAUCGUUCCAGAAAGAAGAUGCAGAAUGUGGCAAAUGUGUCAUUUGUGGGAAUGUUUGUUAUGUAUCUACUGGCUGCUCUCUUUGGAUAUCUGACCUUCAACGAGGCUGUCGAAUCCGAGCUCCUUCACACUUACUCCAGGGUCUACAGUUUUGAUAUGGUGCUUCUGGUGGUGCGUUUUGCUGUUUUGGUUGCUGUCACCUUAACUGUGCCUGUGGUUCUUUUCCCUAUUCGUACCUCAGUCAACCACCUGAUUUGCGCAUCUAAAGGCUUCAGCUGGCCCCGUCACAUCUGCAUUACCGUCGGGCUGCUUGUCUGCGUAAACAUCAUGGUUAUCUUUGUCCCCAGCAUCAGAGACAUUUUUGGAUUUAUUGGUGCAUCUGCUGCGGCCAUGCUGAUCUUCAUCCUGCCAUCUGCCUUCUACAUCAAACUGGUGCAAAAAGAGUCUAUGAAGUCUUUUCAAAAGAUUGCGGCACUUUUGUUCCUGAUCACAGGCAUCAUUGUUAUGAUCGUUUGUAUGACUUUGAUUAUUUUGGACUGGAUCCACAAUGCUGGGGUUUCUGAGGACACCGGCAGUGGCCACUAGUGGACAUGUCAUCUAUGACUGACAGGAAGAUGGGGUGGAGAUAAGUCACUAAAACUGCAAUAUAUAUGAACAAGAAGCUGCUCGUUUAUCAGCACAGAGCAAAAACAAACAUCCCAUUCUGAAAGAAUGUUUUGAACUUUGUACAGUAUCCUCUUAGACCACACAGAUGGUAAACGACUCUUUUAUUAUUGUGCUUUUCAUAAUGAUUUUAUUUUCUUUUCCUUGUGUGCUGUAGUUUUGAUACUGUUGAAUUCUGGUGGUACGUUACAAGGUUUAUUUGACCUUCAAAGUGUGAAAAAUGUCCAUGUUCAGGUCAAACAUCAUGUACUUACAACUAAAAUCUUACUAGAGACUCACGAUCAACGAUACACGAGUGAAGUUUUGUGUUUGACAUCAGUCUGUACCUUGGUGUUGGUACGUGAAAGAUUGCUUGGCCAAUCAGCAAAUGUGAAAAUGUCUUUUUGCUUUGAAAAGGUUUGUUACAUUUCUACUGUCUGACUUCAGUCGCUUUUUACUGAUGUUUAAAUCUACUAGUGGACAAAAGCUGAUCUGAAGUUACAGCACCAAUUUACUGUAAAUGUAUUUCAAAUCCAAGUAACGGUUCAUCAGCUGUUGGUACGUCAAAGUCUAUAUGGUUUUACCGUUCAUUUGUGAACCCUAUUCAAGAGAAAAUAAUCUUCAAAAGGUCUUUGUAGUUCAAAUAUAUUUAAAAUGUUACAUCUAAAACAGCUUUCAUUGUGAGCGGAUGUCACCUAGGCUGCAUGGACUACUGGUUAAUGUUAAUCAUAAGUCAAAUGAUGGCAUUUAAGCUGCAGCCUUUUUAAAUGUUAUUUCACUUGUUAUGGUCACAUUUCAAGCAAAAUUGCUUUUGAAAGCUAUUUCAUGUUAGACUCUAAAGGGGUAGAGAGACCCAUUGGUGGCUUACUUGAUUUACCAUUUCAGUGUUUGCCACUGGCAGCUUUAAGUUCCUCUCUGAAUGAGAGACACAAAGAGAGAGAGAGAGGGAGGGGUUGUAUUUUCACUACUCAUGCCUCACUGUGCUUCCAAGAGCUAAAACUCAAGUGUCAUCCAACUUGUUACUCUCAAAGAUAUUUAUGGAAGAACACCAAUGUAAUUUAAUCUAUUUUACUAUAUUUAUAUACUGUAAAUAUGUGUAAAUAGCACAAAUUGAAGUGUAUAUAUGCUGUUGUUUAUUAUUGUUUUUUGUUCUCAAUUUUGCUCAGUAUGUCUAAAAUAUGAAAUGGCUGUAGAACUGUAGUCUUCUCAUAUAUUACACAGUGUGUCUGGUACCUGAUUAGUCCCUCCUCAUUGGACUUUGAAUGUUGUUUAACUGAGAGGUUUCUCUGGGCUUGUUUUGGCUUAUUGGUCGGGCCCGACACACACUACUACUACUACUACUACUACUAAACUGCAGACCUGCGAGGGGUAAACGCUCCUCAUGUACAAGAGGCCAUUCCUGCGAAUGCUACGCUCUUGUUUCAGUGAAACACUGUGUAUAUAAUGUAAUUAAUAUCUAAUAAAGUUUCAGGAUAUUCAA